AGUACUCUCCGAGACCCAUAAAGCAAUUAUUCUCGCUCUACACAUCCCAUCAAAAGCGAAAAUAAGAACAAAAAGAAGGCUCCUAUGCUGUUGUCAAUUUCUUUAUCCCAAAUGAUCGUCAAAUAUGGAGGGCGAUUCCAAUUCCCCGGCGACUGAACCCGAUUUUCCAGUGGCUUCCGGCGAAUUCCCUGUGGAUCUGUACAUCACCAAAAGGCCCAUACAUUUCGGCCCUUCAUAUCUAACUGUCACUGAUUUCAACGGCGAUCCGGUCUUCACCGUUCAUCACAAAUUUCGCAGCAAAACUCGCCUCUUGCUCGAUUCAUCAAAAAACCCCAUACUUUCCAUCCAUGAAAAUGGUUUAUUAUGUGAAGCUUUCCGAGUAAUUGACGGCGAGAAGAGAGAUAAGAUUUUCAGUGUCAAAAGAUCGGAAUUUUCUCGAUUUAAAACGGAAUUGGAGGUUUUUAUUGAGCCUGAAAAUAUUUAUGGAAAUUAUAAAAUUGACAAUAUUGGUGAUGACACAAUUUACUAUGAUAAUCAAGGGGAGGAAAUCUGCGAUUUAGUAGUAAAGGGCAGCCCUUAUCGAAGAUCAUGCAGCGUUUACAGGGGAUGCUCGAUAGUUGCUCAGAUGUGUCCCUUGCACAGGCUUCGAAGGAUUGUGGUGGGAAGGUUCAAGUUUCGGCUCACUCUUUUUCCUGGAGUUGAUCAAGCUCUAAUUUUGGCGUUAAUUGUAAUAUUCUUAAAAUAGUAUAAUUUAGGAUAACACAAGCGCACACACACCAUCUAGGGUUUCAGGCGACUGUAGACCGAGGUUUAAAAAUCAGAUCCGAUUUUUCCCGUUCAAACUGGAACAUAUGGUUGACAGGUCCGAGUCCCUCGGAAAUGGGGAUGGGAACAAUUCAUCCAGGGAUAAUGUUUUUAUGUGUUUUAAUGUUAUAAAGAAAAACUUUGCUUUCAUAUUGAUUUGGCAAGCUUCUUUAAAAAAAAUUAAAUAACCGGCACUGUUUUGGGCCUCAUUAAUCAAAA